UCAUUCAAGACUCAUUCUACAAAUUUCAAUCUGUCACAACUCAAAGUUUUGUUACGAAGUCGUUACGAAGGCAAAGGCAGGCAAAGGACUCAUUGAUAUAAGCCAUCUGUCAGCCCAGCCAUAUCUAAAAUAAAUUAUUAACUUCAGUAUUGCACUGUUUAACUGUUUAUAUAUUUGUAGUUUUGGAUAUUCGGAAAAUAUGGAAAAAGACGAGGAUAUGUUUAUAGUUAUUGUCGGUGAUGAAAAUAUGGACAAUUCUCCCGCGCCAAUACAAAUUAAACAAGAAACUUUAGAUGAAAAUGAAGUGGAACAAGUUAUUGAUUACUUAAAAAACUCUGAAGAUGUUCAACAUUUACAAGCAUUAGAUAAACCUUUUGUGAAAGAAGAAAUAUUAGGAAUUGACGACUGUAAUGAAUAUCUUAGUGAAUAUACUAAUAGUUAUGAUUUUAAUGAAAAAAAUAGUUUUAACUAUUAUGAUGAUGAUGAUAAUAAAUAUUUCCCGAACUUCAUAGAAGCACUGGUUAAUGGUUUAAGUGUGACUAUGUCUGAUGAUCUUAGUCCAGAGGAAAGUGAAAAGAAAAAUGCUCACAGGACUAAAUUGCUUAAACCAUCACAAAGGUAUUCGUAUGUUAAAGAACUUCGAAAUCAAUUUCCAAACUUAAAGGAUGACCUGUACUUGCUAACAGCCACUCUCGCGGAAAUAAUGAAAAAUACUAAGCCUCCACCACCUCCUCAAGAUUACUAUAUAAUGAAUGGGAUCAUGCUGGAGUGUAUUAACUGUGGACACCACUCACAAUCAAUAAUGGCAGCAAGUCGUCAUUACCAGGAGAAGCACGGAGAGAGAUAUCUAUUUUGUUAUUCGUGUGGCGUUAAUUUUAGAAGUGCAACAAAUCUGUACAAACAUGAGAAGCGUUGCGACGCUCCCGACGCUGCGGUAGUACUGCGCGCCCGCGCCUUAGCACUUGGUCGCAAAGGACGGUCAAGGCCCUACAUACCAACGUUUACAGACGAUAAGCCUAAAAAUGCUAUAUAGUACAGUAGGCCAAACAGGUUCGAGUGCUCCGAGUGCUCGGCGUCGUUCAGCAGCAAGUACACCCUGCGCGCCCACCUGCACACGCACCGCGGCGAGCGCCCGCACCGCUGCCGCCUGUGCGCCGCCGCCUACACGUCGCGCAACGCGCUGUCCAGACACAUGAAGAAACACACCGAUGUAGAGUACAUUUGCGACCACUGCAAGCGCAGCUUUAAGGUGAAAGCGGCUCUCGUCGUGCACCUGUACACACACAGACCGGAGAAGAGGUUCGGGUGCGCGGAGUGCCCGAAGCGCUACUCGCAGAAGGCGGCGCUGCAGCUGCACGUGCGGCGCGCGCACCGCCGCCUGCCGCCGCCCUGCGCCUGCCGCCUGUGCCCCCGGAGAUACCCGCGGAUGUCAAUGCUCAAAGAACAUAUGAAGAAGAUGCACGGAAUGAUGAUCGUGACACGAAAGAUGUUCUUCAAGAAUUUACCAACAUUGUCAACGACGCAGAUCAACCAAGCCAAAUUAGUGUUUAAAAAUGAAGUUGAUAACCAACAGCCUUACUUUAUAACGCAAAGUGUCGAAAAUCACAAAAGUUAACGCCAAAGUGAUAGACUUAAUAGUGUACUCUUUACUAUUGGAGAAAAUAUUAUUACUAUAAAUAAUUUAAAAUGAAA